UGAAAGGUACUAUGUGGACUGAGCCGCCUGAGAUAUUUCGUCUUUGAAUUUAGAUCUGCUCCGCGUAUCGGAUGAUUUUGUUAUCAAAAAGUGCAUUCUUCAAGGCAUGUCAGCGUGUUUCACUUUUGGCAACGAUCUGAUCGAUGGUCUAGUGCUGGAGAAGCGUGGUAUCGUGUUUGAAAAUGCGAGGGCCGUUGAACUCAAAAUAUGCCCACAUUGCAGGUGUUCCUUGGUGCAGGAGAAGAUGCCUUCGUUAGCGCUUGCGAAUGGUUUGUUUCGUGGCACCCUCCCUGACCAAUUUCGCGACCUGACAUGGGUCGAGGAGAAGAUAUGUGCCAUCUAUUCUAUUACUGCGCACGUCACCCGCUUAUUUCAAUCGUCUGACCCAUCGCAGCCUAAGGUUUUCUAUGGAAACACCUGCGCUCAUGACAUGAAUGUUAUGUCUACCGUUUCUGUGUUGCCACGGACUCCCACGGACAUCAACGGGUUUCUGAGUGUUGUUUUCAUUGGUCCUCAACCGUUAGUCAUCUUGAAACUUUGGAACAUCAGACCUCCCAAAGAUGUCCAGCUCAAUAGUCGCGACGCUAAUGGCUCCCGUGCAUACCAACUUAUACUGCGGCGUAUGCAGCUGCUGCCGUGUGCAGCUUACACGAAGAAAGCUCUGCACGAUUCGAAAGGAAAAAGGAAGGCCGACGACGAGCUCCAAGGCCAGUCACCUACUAAGACCUCGAAGAUGCCAUCGAAGGGUCGUGACUUAUUCGACAUGGAUCUGGGGACUGAUGAGGAGUAGACUGGAAUAGACAACAGUGCCACCUUUGACCUGCGAAUAGCCUG